GGGUGAACUUGGCUUUUAAUUAUCUCUCCCAAAGAACAAACGCGUGGAGAGAGCCGAAACGGAGUGCCUCCAUGUGUGCCGGCAAGCCCGCUGCUGUACAGCCUGUUCGCGUGGGCAGACGAGGGAGGCCGGCACGCGCGCACAGGGGGCACACACAAACGCAUCCAAAAAGAGCGGGACGGUGGCAUAUGCGCGCCUGAAAAACGGACUCUCUUUUCUGCAGCCUUCCUUGCUUGAUCCUGGUCGGCUUGAUCACCCUGCAACCACGCUCUCUGGCGUUGAACUUCCCGUUUCGCGCUGUUUCAGAAGUGUGAGCUGCACUGGGUUGACCGGACACGCCCAACCGCCCUUCAGGGUGUACAUACACGCGGCGUCAGCGGCUCACUAUGCAGGGACUCAGGCGCUGUAAUUCGGCAGGCGGGGAAACUGUGGUGCAUUCCAUGGAAGAAAAGGACGCUGGAACGCACGAUCUGCACCGAACCUCGCCCAGGAUUCAGGUCCUGUCCUCGCUUCGAGGUUGUGAGAACGUCGGCGCUGUUCUUCCAGCGGGCCCGCGCCUCCUGCACUGAAGACCUCGAGUGACACACGCCACAGGAGUGGUCUCUAUACCCUGCCCGCUGGGCGGACACGCUGAACAAAACGUCACCUGGAGGCACCGCAGACGUUUUUCUUGAGCGUCUCGCUCUCGUAUUUCGCUCUCUCCUCUUUUUUUCGGUGAUCCUGGCCUGUCCUCUUUCUGAGGACUUCUGCCCGGCGACGCGCACACUGCCACGCUUUCGAUUUGCGGCGAAAACAGAGGUCAUCUUCGCGCGCGCUGUCUUCACUUCCCCAGCUCGUGGUCCGCAGGGGGGCUGCGAGGCAGAUCACGUUCCCCGGCAGGUCUCCGUCCCUUGCUUCGCAUGUGCAUUUUGUCUCUUUCUUUGUGGGUCACGCGAGGCUUCGCGUUUCUGCCCUUUCUCCUACUUUUCCUCGUCUCUCGCCUGCGCGGUGUCUGUCGCUGUUCGCAGCCGAAGCACCCCUCCGUUUUCCUCGGUUUCGUCCGCGAUCCGUUUCACGCGUGCGCGUCGUGGUUUUUUGCCGGAACGUAGACGGUUCCGGGCCGGACAUUCGAGAGUGCCUGCACACCCGUUUCCCCAGGCUUUUCCACGGUUCAGACGCAUCGACUGCCACCAGUCUCUGGGACUUCUUUCCCCGGAAAAACCCAAAAUCACCCCGUCCCCAGUACGCAAAAUGGCGAGUGGUAUUGCCACAGUGAAGGAGGUGGUGUCUGGCGACACGUUCGUGCUCGUCGGCGCGCCGAAAGGGGGGCCUCCGCCGGAGAAGCGUCUGUCGCUGGCGUCUGUGCAGGCACCGCGAGUCGCGAUGAAGUCGCUGAGCCACGAAGUUCAGGACGAGCCCUUCGGCUGGACGGCGCGCGAGUUCAUGCGAAGCCGCCUGAUCGGCCAGCAAGUCGAGUUCAAGGUCGAGUACGCGAUGAACAACAAGGAGUUCGGAACCAUAAAACUCCGAGGCGAAAACGUCGCAUGCGCUCUCCUCAAGCAAGGCCUCGCGAAACUGAAGCCCAACCGCAAUCCGCCGUGCGCUCCCGACAUCGAAGAGUUGGAGCAGUGCCAAGACUUGGCCGAGCAGCGACAACUGGGCGUGUGGGCCACAGACCCCGCGGCUGGAAGCGGGACGAUUCGCGAGAUGAAGUGGGCGAUGAACGACGUGGAGUUUGUGAAGGCCUUCGUGGCUGAGCACAAGGGCAAGAAGCUUCCUGGGAUUGUCGAAUACGUCCGCGACGGCGGCUGCAUGCGCGUCGCGCUUCUCCUUCCGCAGAAGGAGAACGAAUCGCUGAAAGUCGUCUAUCUCCCCGUCCUCCUCUCCGGCAUCCAGUGUGACGGCUUCAAGCGCGAGCAACAGGAAGGAUCUGCUGAAUACAAGGUUGUUCCAGAGCCCUUUGCAGUCGAGGCGCGUUUCUUCGUGGAAAUUCGUCUGUUGAAUCGCGACGUGGAAGUCCGCAUCGAAGGCUGCGACGAGUAUGGAAAUGUGAACGGAACGGUUUACCACCCCAAGGGAAACAUCAGCAUUCUGCUCCUGCAAAACGGACUGGCGAAGAUCCAGAGUGGGUCGCUUGGCCUCACAGAGUGCGGCGCGCAGCUCUCCCAGGCGAUGCGCGAGGCCCAGCAAAAGCAGCUACGCAAGUGGAAGGGCUGGUCUUCGUCGACUUCCUCAGUUGACGCCAAGAAUUACAUGGCGCAGGUCGCAGAGAUUUUGAGUGGAGACAGCGUCGUUCUGCGGUUGCCCGACGGCCGCGAGCGCCGGGUGUACCUCGCCAGCAUUCGGUGCCCUCGCGCUGCGGGCGUGGGCAAGACCGCUUCGCGCGAGGAAGAAAGCAUUGCGUUUGAGACGAAGGAGUUCGUUCGGAGGAAGCUUGUUGGGAAGAACGUCAAGGUCAUCGUGGAGUACGUUCGCGAGCCUCUACCGAGCGCUUCGGGAGCGGCCUUGCCGCCUGCGAGCGACGACCAGGGUCGCAUGCACUUUGUCAGUUUGUGGGUCCCCAACAGUCCGAAGGAUACGGAUGCCUCUCAAACAAAGAACUGUCAAAACAUCGCCGAGUUGAUUCUCCAAGCUGGUCUCGGCAAGACCAUCCCGCACCGCGCUGACGACGAACGUGCUACUGAAUACGACAAAUACCUGGAACUGGAGAAGGCCGCCAUGGAGCAAAAGAAGGGCAUGCAUGCGCCGACUCAGCAGUGGAAAGUUCACCGGAUCAUCGACUUGCUCGGACCUGCGAACGCCCAGCGCGCGAAUGCGUAUUUUCAGCAACUCGAGAGAAUUCCCAAACUCGAUGGCGUCGUCGACUACGUCUUCGGACCCGGCAGAUUCAAGAUCCGAAUUCCUUCGCAAAACAUUGCGAUUUCGUUCGUUCUGGGAGGCAUUCGGUGCCCGCAGUCGGCGCCGCGUCCAGGAUCCUUUGCGGCGGCGCGUCCAGGCGGGAAGCCCCGCGAGGCCGAACCGUUUGGCGAGGAGGCGCAGAGUUUCUCGCGCGCGCGCGUGUUGCAGCGCGAUGUGCAAGUGAAAGUGGAGUCUGUCGACAAAGGGGGGAACUUCAUCGGAACUCUGUGGUACAACCAAGGCAAGCAAAACCUCGCCGUGGAUCUCCUCGAACUCGGAUUUGCGCACACGGUCGACUUCUCCCUCGCCAGGUGCUCACUCCGAGAACUGCUGGUCGCCGCAGAGAACAAAGCCAAGGCCGCCCGGGUGAACAUCUGGAGUCUCCCUGGAGCGCUGGAGGCGGAGGAAAACGUCGCGAAGGAAGUCGAAGUCGACGAAGUUCUCCCACACGUCACAGUGUCUCACGUCGAAGGAGUCGACAACUUUUUCGUUCAGGAUCCGUCGAGCGCGGACUUGCAGAGCGUGAUGACGACACUUGGGAAGUACGGCACAGAAGGGUCGUCGAACCUCGAGGAUACAUACACUCCUGGUGGCUUGCCAAGGAAAGGCGAAGUCGUCAUCUGCAAAUUCUCCGCAGACAACCUGUGGUACCGCGGCCGCGUCGACGGGAGAGACAGCAGCGGAAAAGAGCCGCAGAUUUCCGUUUUUUACAUCGACUUCGGAAACCGGGAAACUCUGCCUCUCCACGCAGUCCGCAGGUGCCCAGACACCGUGUCCACCAACAAGUUUCCGCCUCAGGCAAAGCAGUGCUGUCUCUCAGGUCUCUUGCCCCCACCCGAAAUGGAAUUCGAGGCAGCUUCUUUCUUGGACGAGGUGACCCAGAACCUCGUUUUCCAGUGCAAGAUCGAAAAGAUCGACGCUAACAAGAAGCGACACUGCAUCCUCACUCCGCAGGAAGACCUGGGAACGGGAAAGACUGGAAACACCGUGAACGAGAAGGUCCUGCGGAAGGGUCUGGCCUGCUUGGACAAAAAGUCAAACACGAAAUAUUUCCAUAGAUUCCAAGUUGAGGAAGAAGCUGCCCGGAAGGCUCACGUGAAUGUGUGGCGAUACGGCGACUGCGGAGGCGACGACGAAGAUGAUUAUCCUUCACUCAAUGGUCGCGGGGGACGACGAUAAACACGACGCCCUACGAGAAGAGAGAAGUCGGGAAGAGAGAGCGGCUGUCCUUUGUCCGUAUCCCGGUGCACCUGUUGUCUCGGCUUCCUCUCGUGUAAAGAUCGGUUUUAUCCGCAAUGCGUCUCGCUCGUUGUUCUUUGUCGAGGCUCCCUCUGGAGCGGGUGCCUCUCAGAGAAGCCUAGAUAUUCGUGUCUGGAAAUCUCAGAGCCGACCGUCCGCCCACACAGCUGCGAAAAAAAAACUAGGAGGCGUGUGUGUGCAUGCCGUGUUGGGAUGGCGAGGGAAAAGGAGUUCGGCGAAAGCGAGAGAGCGAGGAUUCGCCUUCAGGUUCUUCUCUUGAAGAAAUCACACGAAGCGCAUUGCCAUUGUUGAGUCGCCAUGGAGACAAAGUGUCACGCUUUUCUCUAGGAAGCGAGAACUCGAAGUUCGAAGAAUUCCGAAUUCCGUGCUGUCUCGGGAACUUGUGCCAUGUUUUUCCGUCAAAUCAGCCGAGUCGGUGUUGUUUUGGCCGGGUUGUUGUUGCUGGCUCAACACCCGUCUUUUUCCGUCGGGUUGCCGAGUUUCUCCGAGGUUCCAGAAAUGCAAAUACAGAGAAAAAACGGGACUUCUACUCUUGAGAUACUUCUUUCUCGCAUACUAAACGUCGCUAGGUUCUCUGCCGCUCACGUUUCCAGUUUUUCCACGCUCCCAGGACUCUAUGAUAGAACUGCACAGCAAGUUCCUUUUCUCGGCUGCAGUUGUCUCUCGAAAGCUGAAACUUUCGACUGACAGGAAGGCUGCAGUUGCCACUCACGGAGUGUCGACUAUGUCUAGAAAAAGAAUCCAUGCAAGAACAUGCGAGGGUAUACUUUUGCAAGGCGACACCGUGGCUAAUAAGUUUGAGACGGACGCACGCAGAGCCCUACAUUUACAGUUGACGGUUUGUGCCCAAACAAGUGCAUGCAUCAGUGCACGUCCAGGUGGAAAGGAAAAAGUCGAGAGCAAUUCAGAUAUUCGCAUAUAUGUAUUUACAGAUACGCAUACAAGUUUCUGUGCAAUUAGCUGUUUACGUCCGAAGGAAGUUCCUGUCCUAACGGUAGAGCUGUC